GAGCAGAACAAUGUAGUGCUUGUGUUUGCGGAAGUGCCUCAUGGCAAAGCUAGCUGGUUCUUUCUUGAUGCGUGCGUGUGCGGUGUGUUCUGUGUAGAGGGAGAGAAGAGAGAGAGAGAUGUGAGAGGAAGCAGCAAGGAAGAAGAAGCGGCGCCGCGACGAGGGCGGCGCCAACACUGGGCGCAGAAAGAAACCUAACGAAAGAAUAUGAGAGUAAGGUCGAAGCGGAGAGCCAGAGCCCCAGCGACCGAUCCGCCGUCCCGCCGCCGUCGCCGGAAGGACGUGCAGCAUGUGCACGGUCUUCCUUGGGAGGCGGAGUGGAGGGACUGGGCGGAGCUGCCCGGAGACAUACUGUGGUCCAUCCUUAGCCUGAUCCCGCAAGCCGACAUCCUCCGCGUCGCCGGACGCACGUGCGCCUUGUGGCGGCGGCUGGCCGUCGACGAGCCGCUGCUGUGGCGCCACAUCAACCUCGCUGCCGACUCGGACUCGGACUCGGAACCAUCGGCUGGGCGGCUGGAGAUGGCAUGUGCCGCGGCGCGGCGCCGGCCGCUGCGAGUCCUUCCGCGGCACCGUCGACGGCAAAUUCCUGCUCCACCUCGCCGACUGGGCGCCAUUGCUGCGGCGCCUCCACGUGACGUGCCGCUACGACAUGCCCGACGAGAGCUUCAUGUUGGAGGUGGCGAAGAAGCUCCCUCUGCUGAGGCAGCUCGUGCUGUCGGGCGGCCUGCUCGAGCGAGACUCGUUGGCCGCUCUCGUCGACCGCUGGCCGCGCCUCCGGUUGCUCCACGCCCGCGUCUGUCACACCACGAGGCCAAUUGGCAAAACGCUGCGAAGGAGGCUGGAGAAAAGGAUCAAGCAUCUCCGGCAUUGUUGGAAAAAGUGCCAAAAAAGUCUCAAAAAGACCCUCCCAUAGAGACUUCUCUAAAUAGUCUCAAAUACCUCAUUUUAGUCCCUAAAAGUCCCUCCUGUUUGUUUCACAUGAGACUUUUUGGGACUUUUUUUAGUUCCUACAUCAAAAAGUCCCUGGAAACAAACACCCCCAACUAUCCGAUUUUCCUCUUCAUGCAACAAUGUCACAUCAUCAAGUUGUACAUCUAUCGUUUUUUUACAGACAUCUUUUUUAAAAGACAAAGAAAAGCAACGUAUGAUAGCCUGAGAUUUUCAGGUUCGAUCGAUCUAACAUGGGAUGCAUGCCAGAACAUAUUGCUCCUCUCCCGAAGCACCUAG